AUGGGAUUUGGCAAGGACAUGCCUAAAAUAAUACUAGAGCUAUUCCAAAUUCAUCUUUUCCUCAUCAUCUUCUUGUUCCAUCCCUUUAUCGUUGGUGGAUUAUUGAUUUAUUUGGCAUUCACUCCGUAUUGGUGGGCGUCAUUACUGUACAUAGUAUGGACGUGGUACCAAUGGGGAGCCGAAGUUCAUUAUGUCAAGCCUUGGGAAUGGAUGAGAAAUCAUCGGUUCUGGGAUCAUGUCAGUGGUUACUUCCCACUGACCAUUGUCAAAACUGCAGAGUUGCCGCCAGGCCAUAAUUAUAUUCUUGCGUAGGUCAUCUGAGUUAAAGUUACAGUGGGGGACCUGAUCCAGCAGCAAAAAACGUACCAUUUGGCAUCCGGGAAGUAUCAAAAAUGUGGCAAAAUGCUUCCUCUUGGACAGGGAAGCAUUUUGCCACCUUUUUGAUCCUUCCCGGAUGCAAAAUGGCACGUUUUUUGCUGCUGGAUCAGGUCCCCCACUGUACAGCUUCCAAGACACUAACACAACAAAAAAACUUCUAAAAAUACGCAUGUUUUUCAGCUGGCAUCCCCAUGGAAUUGUCUCGAUCGCUGCGGUGGUUGCCAUGUGUUCAGAUGGCGCCAGAUUCACCGAGAAAUUCCCUGGGAUCACCCGUCAUCUGUCCACCCUGACCUCUCAAUUCAACGUCCCUCUCCGUCGUCCAAUCCUCAGCGCUUUCGGAGUGAUUCCGGCUUCAUUUGGCUUUAUAAACCGACUAUUCGCUUCGAGCCCAAGAGGAAAUGCGGUCUGUUUGGUUGUUGGUGGAGCCGAAGAGGCGUUGGAGAGCCAUUCGAAUGUCUACAGAUUGUGUCUGAAGGAGCGAAAGGGAUUCUGCAGGAUGGCCUUGAUUUCCGGCGCCCAUAUUGUGCCGGUUUAUGCGUUUGGAGAGACCGGAGGCUACAAUCAAGCCUGGAAUCCGGUGGGCUCAUCUCUGAGGGCGUUCCAGGCCAAGAUGAAGAAACUGAUCGGGUUCAGUCUGGUGAUCCCUUAUGGCCGAGAAAUUUUUCCCGGAAUACCAAGUAUAACACCAUUCCAAGGAGAGAUCGUAGCGGUUUGUAAGUUUGCUUUAUGAUCAUUUGAUUUCAAAUUCUUCUCAGAAAAGGUCUAAUAGCCACCUCUUACAGUCGGCCAGCCAAUCCCCAUUACGAAAACGGAUAAUCCAACCCAAGAGCAAGUCAAUCAACUCCAUUCCUUGUACAAAUCGAAGCUCAUAGAAUUAUUCGAAACCCACAAAACCAAGUAUGGAGUGCCCUCGAACGCUCAAUUGGAAUUCUACUAG